AUGGUCGAUUUCUCGAGGAUUGCAAAAGUUCUUACAGAAAUAAAAAGAGAAUACGAUGAAGGGUUUUCGGAAUUUGAUGCACUAAAACCCAAACUUGAGCUUUUUAACAAUCCAAUGGGAGUCAACAUCCAGAACCAAUCAGCAGAAUACCAAUUAGAGCUGUGCGAACUACAGUCCGAUUCGUUUUUUCAAGCAAAGAAACAUGAAUACAUUAGUACCUUUUGGAAGUUAGUCUCCAAGGAUCGUUUUCCUAAACUUCGUAACUUUGCGUUGAAACUAUAUUCGAUGUUUGGUAGUACGUAUAUGUAA